UUUCGGGAAGGACUCCCGCCCAGCCAAGGCAAGGCAAGCCGCCGGGUGUUGUCUCCUAGAGAAGUAAAACUAACAAUCUUUGGAGUAUGACAGCAAAAAUCCUACAAGAAGCCUCUACUGAAAUAUAUGCUGUUAUUUUAAUGAUAGCUUCUUGAAACCCACCAGUGUGCCCUUGAAAUCUGUAUGACUUGUCUUCAUCAUGGAGCCCUUGUUUCCCAAAAGAAAAUGCAACGGAAGUUUCAGAAGGAUUGCCUCAGUGUCUUUAGUUUUACUAUGUCUGUUAUCCUUAGUUUGCCCUGAUCAAGAUUUCUAUGGUUUACUAGGAAUAUCCAAAGAAGCUACAAGUAGAGAAAUUAGACAGGCUUUCAAGAAAUUAGCAUUAAAGCUGCAUCCUGAUAAGAAUCAGAAUGAUCCAGAUGCACACGAGAACUUUUUGAAAAUAAAUCGGGCAUAUGAAGUAUUGAAAGAUGAAGAUCUACGGAAAAAGUACGAUAAAUAUGGUGAAAAAGGUCUGGAGGAUCACCAGGAAGGUGGCCGAUAUGAAAGUUGGAACUACUAUCGCUAUGAUUUUGGUAUUUAUGAUGAUGAUCCUGAAAUCAUAACCCUAGACAGAAGAGAAUUUGAUGCUGCUGUUUCUUCUGGAGAGUUGUGGUUUGUCAAUUUCUAUUCCCCCCGAUGUUCGCAUUGCCAUGACCUGGCACCAACGUGGAGACAGUUUGCUAAAGAAAUGGAUGGCUUAAUGCGCAUCGGAGCUGUCAACUGUGGCGAUAACAGAAUGCUGUGCCGAAUGAAAGGAAUUAAUAGCUACCCAAGCCUGUACAUGUAUAAAUCUGGAAUGAAUCCAGUAAAAUAUUUUGGUGACCGGUCAAAGGAGAGUUUAGUGAAUUUUGCCAUGCAAUAUGUCACAAGCACGGUGACAGAAUUAUGGACAGGAAAUUUUGUUAAUUCUAUUGAGACUGCAUUUGCUUCUGGUACUGGCUGGUUAAUUACCUUCUGUGCUGCACAUGGAGAUUGUUUGACUUCUCAAACGCGUCUUAAAUUGGCUGGCAUGUUGGAAGGCCUUGUUAAUGUAGGCUGGAUGGACUGUUCCACCCAGGGUGAGCUUUGUGAUAAUUUGGAUAUCUCAUCUAGCACUACAGCAUACUUUCCACCUGGAGCCACUUUAACUAAUAACGACAAAGGAGGUGUCUUGUUCCUGAACACCUUAGAUGCGAGGGAGAUCUAUCAGGAAGUAAUGCAGCAUCUUCCAGACUUCGAAAUGAUGUCUGCGUCUACAGUAAAGGAUCGCCUGGCUCAUCAUCGGUGGCUGAUAUUCUUUCAGUUUGGCCAGACUAGCAAGUCAGAGGCCCACGACCUCAAAAAGCUACGGUUUCUCCUCAAGGCUGAACAUACUCAGGUGGGCAGAUUUGAUUGCCUUACUGCGCCCCAGAUCUGUAGCGAUCUGUAUGUUUAUGAACCAAGCGUAGCAGUCUUUAAAGGGAGGGGAUUGGAAGACUACGAAAUCCAUCAUGGAAAGAAGAUUCUGUAUGACAUAGUCGCUUUUGCCAAGGAGAGUGUGAAUUCCCAUGUCAUCACCCUUGGGCCUCAGAAUUUUCCUGGCAAAGAGAAGGAGCCGUGGCUUGUUGACUUCUUUGCACCUUGGUGCCCUCCCUGCCGAGCUUUAUUGCCAGAACUGAGGAAAGCAUCGAAACAACUGUAUGGGCAACUUAAGUUUGGUACAUUAGAUUGUACAGUUCAUGAAGGGAUUUGCAACAUGCACAACAUCCGCGCUUACCCAACAACUGUGGUGUUCAACCAGUCCAACGUUCACGAGUACGAAGGACAUCAUUCUGCCGAGCAGAUCUUGGAGUUUAUUGAGGAUCUCAUGAACCCAUCAGUAGUUUCUUUGACCCCUGAGACCUUCAGUGAAUUAGUGAAGAAAAGAAAGAGUAACGACAUCUGGAUGGUUGACUUCUAUGCUCCAUGGUGUGGUCCUUGCCAAGCUUUAAUGCCAGAAUGGAAGCGAAUGGCCAGGAUGCUAAAUGGACUGAUUACAGUUGGCAGCAUAGAUUGUCAAAAGUAUUUCUCUCUUUGUCACCAAGAAAAGGUUCAAGGGUACCCUGAAAUAAGACUCUUCCCACAGAAAUCUGUGUCAUCUUAUCAAUACUAUAGCUACACUGGCUGGCACCGAGAUGCCCACUCACUGAGAAGAUGGGCUCUAGGAUAUUUGCCUCAGGUAUCCCUGGAUCUGACACCUCAAAGCUUCACGGACAAAGUUCUGAAUGGGAAAGAUCACUGGGUUGUUGACUUCUAUGCCCCUUGGUGUGGCCCUUGUCAAAACUUUGCUCCAGAAUUUGAGAUCCUAGCUAAGACGGUGAAAGGGAAAGUGAAAGCUGGGAAGAUGGACUGUCAGGCUUAUCCUCAUACCUGUCAGUCGGCAGGCAUCAGAGCGUACCCGACGGUUAAAUUCUAUCCUCAUCAAGGAGCAAAGAAAAAUGCCUUUGGGGAGCAAAUAGACAGCCACGACGCAAAAACCAUAGCUGAACUGCUGUUGGCGAAAGUUGAAGACAUUAAAAACAAGAGGAAAAAAACUUCCAGAAACAAGGAUGAACUCUGACUCCUUCUAUGAGUUCCAGACACACCCGGGAAGCUGUGGCAAUGAAAACGUUUGACUCUGUUCAUAAGGAAGGGGGGAACAAAUACACAAGGAGAUUUACAGAUGCAGAGAUUGCUCCCCCGUGUAUUUUGCAGAACAUGCUCAGGACCACUCGGAGUGUCCAUUUGCAAGAAGACUGUGAGUGAGACGGUGGUCGCCAUUUGGGUGUCCCGUCUGCAUCACAAGGCGGCUCUUAUUGUAUGAUUACAGACUUAAGACGUGGCCAGUAAUGGGGGAGCUGAAGGGUUUUGUUUGUUUGUAUGUUUCUUUGUUUGUUUCCCUUAAGCCCUUGCAGUCUUUCUUUCGCUGCUUGUGCUGAAGAAGAGCCCCAAUUCCACCUGUGGCUGGUUAGAAAGACUAAAAGAAUACAUUCUCUCUCCUUCCUGUGGAAAGAAAAAGAAUGAGCAACCAUCUUACCUCUGUAUUAUAUGUAGUCAGUGCUCUCUGUCUAGAAUCCACUGGAUAACCAAAAGAAUACAUUUGGAGAACAGUGACUUUAUCGUUCUUGUUUUCUCAUUUCUAAGCUAUUUAGAAGAGCGCUCUCUUUGUCCUGAGCAUCGGGCAGGAGGGUCUCAGUGCCCGGCAGCCAAGAAAAAGAGAGUUUGCCACAGUCAACUCUCUUUUUCCUUUCAUUCUGCUGUGCCCGUAAGCUGUUGCACCUGGAAUUUUGCAAUUUUUGGCACACUCCUGCAACUCGAGGAAGCGCCGGCGAAUCCACUAGAUGGCAGCAUGUCCUCAAGACUACUUGCUCUGAAGCCCUUGAGAAACAGAAGUUACUUUUUUGGACUACCUUUUGGCUCAGGGCUUACAGGCAUGGUAUUCCAGUAAUUAACUUUUUUAGACUACAGAGUUCUGGCUGAGAAGCAUCAGUGGCAAGGUAAGGCUCCCAAAGUCCUGUUAUUUUUCUACGAGUUCCAUUCAGACAGGCACGAUUAAAAAUGCAGCCUAAGCUUCUCUGCAUCAAAGGAGCUGUACCUUGAAGAACAAAUCCAGAAAUAGGUGUAACAGAGUUGAGGUUCCACAGACUUAAAAGUAUGAGAGUUUUGGCUUGCUUCAUAUCAGAUUUCUGCAGGUUUUCAGGUAGGACACUCAAGCCGGCGCUGAAGGCACAUAUUUAUUCUGUUUGUAUACCAGCCUACUCCCACAUCUUCCAGAACAAGACUGUAAAAUGAAAAUGCCGAUCUUUUUUCGUGCAACAUUUCAAGUGCCUUUUGAACGUAACGGUCAUGGGAAUGUGUUUUGAGUUAUUUCUUCAUUCGACUGUCAGUCUGGGAUGGGUGUAAUAUCCUUGCCAUGUACAGAUACAGUGUAGAGGGCUUUUUGGAUGUAGAAUUGCCGAAGUUUUAAAUCAUUUCUUUAAACUGGUCUUUGUCCUAUGCUCGUUAACACAGCAUUACUUUGAACCUGUCACACUGGAAAUAGAGAAGAAUAAUCUUCCUUUCUCUGAAAAUGGAGUGUUGCUUACCUAGUGAUGCACACAUACCUUUUUCUUUAAAGGUACCACCUCUGCCUAUUUUACAUGUAUUGGUCAACUCUGACUUCAUGCGUAUGUGUGUGUACAAGGAUGAUUCUGCACAUGCAAAGUUCAGCGUAUCUUUUUUUAAUGAGAGAUAAAUGCAUAAUGCAGUUACUUUGUGCAGCAUACAUAUGUGGGCAUAUACAGUAGCAGCUGAACUAGGCUUAUGCUUCUGUCACUAAAUUAGCAGCCCCUUUUUUUUCUUCAAAGCUGAGAGCAUAGAUACUUCUGUUUUGCAUCAAACUGUUGAUUACCCCUUCAGAAUUUUGGUUACUGUUAUAAGAAGUUAGAUUCCUGUCUGGCUGUUAGAUAACAUACCGGUUAUCUGAACAGAGAUGCUAGAAAGGAUAGAAUUAUACCACAAUAUAUAUAUAUUUUGAGGGUAUUAUAAAUGUUUAUACUCCCUCACCUUCUAGCGCAACCCACGUAUCUCUUGAACUUUUGAUGGUGUGGUAAUAAAUGGUUCUAUCCUAUGUGUA